UGACGUACUUGUCGCCGUCUCCUGAUGACGGUGGCAAACAUCGCAGGUCGGUAGCUAACAGAGAGGAGGAGUGCCUUCCAGGAUAAUACAAUUUUUUCGGGCGACGUGUUCUGUAAAGACAAAAGGAGCUUAAAAUGAACGAAUGAAGCCGAGGUAGUAUGAAAAACCGCGAACGACGCACGAAGCGACGCUGGUCCGGAGACGUCUCCGGCAUUGUUUUGAAGGCCUGUUGCUAGCUAAGGGAAAUCCUCGGGCUGGCCCGGUACGGGCCGACGGAGCGCGGAUGUCUGGGGCCGGAGCUCCGUAGGCUGUCUCUCGGCGAUCAUUUAUUUGUGCUAGCUGGAUAAUUACGGGGAACGCUAACGUGUCUUGCUCUUUCGUGGCGGAUAAAAAAACAGCGUAACUCAAGACGCGUUGAGUUCGGCGGCUAGCUAACGUUCGCUCUCGUGUUCACCAGCUAACUCAUCUGAAGAAGCUGGUGGUAUAUUUGCUUUAGGUGAGGUCUGAAUAUUUGACCCCGACCCUUAAGCUUAUGGUGUCCUACAGUGAGUGAAGGUCCCCAACUGGGCAGAUAGAUCAAAGGUUUCUUAGCUAACGUUAUCAUAUCUUCAGGCUCGCCGAUAGCAGCCUAAAGUUUGCCCUGUUGAAUUGCCGGAACCAACCACUACUUUUGUCCACUACGCUUAACUCUCUGAAUGUUGCAGAAAGCUAGUGGUGUUGUACAUUCUCCAAGUCAUUUAUUUUUUUCGUUUGAAGGGUUAACAAAAGUGAACAGGCGGAAUAGCCCUUUAGUGAGUUCAUUGCCAAAGUUGUCUUUAACCGUUUAAAAAACUGUAAUGAAGAUACGCGGAGAAGUGUGGGACUGGAUGCUGUCUGGACUCGGAGGUGUCACCUGUUCUGCUUGGUACUUUUGAUCUCCCACAAACAUCCGGACGUUGUUGCAGCAGCGCCAAAGAAGAUCGGCUGUUUUGCUUUUUUGGGGGGGUCGUCUGCUAAAGGGAGACACUUUUACAAACGGACCACAAUGAAUCGUUAUCUGCCGGUGGCACGACAGCACUUCCUGGCUGCCCUCGCUAGCACCAGCGUGGUAGUUAAAACUAUAAGUGCUGUGGUGGUACUUCUUUACUUGUUGUCAUGGGCUGUCAACACUCCAUAUGCACUGGGGGUGACCCCAGGUUAUCUCUUUCCACCUAACUUCUGGGUGUGGACACUGGUGACCCAUGGGGUGGUGGAGCAACAUGUUUGGGGUGUGGCAGCCAAUGUGGGGACAGUAAUGGCCUGUGGACGCCUCCUGGAGCCUCUGUGGGGCGCUCUGGAGCUCCUGAUCUUUUUUGCGGUGGUCAAUGUGUCUGCAGGCCUCCUGGCAGGCCUCUCCUACCUCCUCACCUAUGUGGCCACCUUUGACCUGGACUUCCUGUUUGCCGUGCGCGUCCAUGGAGUAGCCGGGUUCCUUGGAGGGGUCCUGGUGGCACUGAAGCAGACCAUGGGCGAUACCACAGUGCUCAGAGUGCCACAGGUAAGACUCAAAGCAGCCCCAGCUUUGGUCCUUCUACUCUUGGCCUUAUUGCGCCUGUCUGGGCUCGUUGACAACUGUGCACCCCUGGCUGCGUACAGCUACGGCGCUCUGUCUGGCUGGGUCUACCUACGCUUCUAUCAGAGACACAGCAGGGGCCGUGGGGACAUGUCGGACCACUUUGCGUUUGCAAGUUUCUUCCCCGAGGCUGUGCAGCCUGUCGUGGGGCUGCUGGCAGGGCUGAUUCACUCAGCUCUGGUGAAGAUAAAGGUGUGCAGGAAGAUGGUGAAGAGAUAUGACGUGGGAGCGCCCUCCUCCAUCACCAUCAGUCUGCCAGGGACCGACCCACAAGAUGCAGAGAGGAGGAGACAACUGGCUCUCAAGGCUCUGAAUGAGCGGCUGAAACGUGUGGAGGACCAGUCUUCCUGGCCCAGUAUGGACGACGAAGAAGACGAUGACGACGACGAGGUCAGAACCAGCUCACUGCCACUGCUGCCAGAUGACCCUUCCGCCUCCACGCCAAGACCAGCAGGGGCUCCCGGUGCCUCCCUCUCCUCCACCUCUGUAUCUCCAAUGUCACAGAGCAGCGGCGUGCCAAGUGCAGGCCGAGCACAACACCCAGAGUCCAGCAUAAUCAGCUUCGAGGACGCGCCAUCUAGAUCAUAACGUAUAGAGUGCACCUGUACAGACACGCACGCUCUCUUGGUGUCACUGGUAGCUAUGCUAGCGAAUUCAGCAUUUCUGGCUGGUAAACUAGGAUGUUCAGUGACAGCUAUUAGGCAUACAGUCGGUUUGACACACAACAAACAUGCAAACAUCUUUGGUUCAAACACACAACAUAGCGCUCACAGACACUGUCAAUGUCAUUGUGAAGCCCAGAGAGGCGGUAGCUGUUAAGUUCUUUCAGUUCAGACGUGUUGUUUGUAAAUGUUCGGUGCGGUUGGGCAAAUCGGACACUCAAUAAGCCUCCUCUUUCCUCCUUGAAACCGAGUCACCAAAAAUUGUGUCCUGGUCCGGACUCCCAGACAAACUUUCAAAGCUCUGUCCACUGCUUCAUGUGUCUCUUUCUCUUGCUUUCUAAAUAAAUGACGGAAUGGGUGUACAAAAUUCAUUAUGGAAGUCGUUUUCAGAGCGGCCUUAGUUGUUCUCUGAUUGACCGGCAAGAAAGUCGACAAUGAUGGAGACUCACGCCGAAUUCCUGGUUCUGCACGCUGCUUUGGUUAGCCUUCAAAAAUGACUCGAAGUGACGUCAGCUCUUUAUUCACUUGUUCCAAGUAUAUAACCAUGUGUGUAAGUAUGAAAUGUACUCUACACCUGUUGUUGACCAGAGGAACUUGUUGAUGAACUUAACGAAACUUCAAGGUUUAAAGAAAUGUUGUGAAAAAAAUUUCUUGACCAUGUUGAUUUGCCUGGUGUCUGUCGGGAACAGCAGAAUUAGUAAUGACUGUUUUGGGGGUUUUGUUUUUAUUUUUUUUUAUUCCCCACUUGCUCAGUGGAAGUUGUUUCUUCGUCUAUCUCCAAAAACAAAUGUUGUUUCUGUGCACUAACCAGACAUCUUGGGGUUGAAAUUACAAAGCUAUGCGAAUGAUGAUCCUGCUUCUUCUUGGUUUGAGUUAUGAUUCUAUUUUCUUGUUAAUUUCAGACAUAAUCCUGGAACGUCACACCCCCCCCUCCUCUUAGAAUUCCACCUUCUAGUAUAUGAAAUCAUGAGGAUCUGCAGUCUCUACAGAGAUGUGGUCAAUAUCUGUCUGGGUUGUAUUAGUCAUCUGGCACCAUUGCAAAUGCAGAGAAGCAAUGCAUUCAGUCACAUUUCUAUCAUCUUUCAUUUCAUUGCCAAGCUACAGUUGAUGGUUCUCAUCUCAAAUGGAUUCAUUCUGUCAAAUAUCACUACUGAAGAUGUCAUGUUCUGCUACAGUAACAAUCCAAUCUUGUCCUACAAGUUGCAUGAGUUGGUUGCAACCUGUACAAGACAUCAGACAUCAAAGUAUUUAAUGUCGUCCUUCUGUCCACCAAGUAAUGGUAGCCUGUGGUUUGCAAAAGCAGUGUUAAAACGCAACAGCCCUUUUGGAUGAGGCUGGGUCCCAAGUCCCAAGUAAAUUAGCAUUUAGAAACAGCUCCAAGUGUCAUUAUUUAAACAAUAUAUAUAUAGUAUGAAGCAAGAAAAACACAGCAUUUGUGUUUUAUAACUUAAGAAUAUGCAUAAAUAGUUCUAAUGAUGUUUGGGUCUAUCCUGUCACCAGCAUAGUGGAAUGUGCUUCUGGUAAAUUGAAGGUGUCCAUAGCCAACAGUGGUUUUAAAUGUUCCCCCAAUAUCCAUCAAGCUCGUGUUCUGUUUUGAGAGAGUGCUCCAGGUUCAAAUAUUAGCUCAUACUGCAGAUUCAGAUACAAUAUCUCAGACUUGACGUUUAAGCAACAAGAAACCGCUUUUAACCUGAUGGAAGUGUGUGAUGUAAAGGAGUGAUAAGCCAUAUUAGUGGGAAGAAGUGCUGUUUUAUCCUGUCUUCUCCUUGUUCUUGUAUUCUUGUUUUGGCAAGCAGAUGUUUGCGUUGAAUGACUGGGACCAUUAUUUUAAUAAAUGUGAAUGAAUGAUAGUAUUUACAGAAUGGAGACAGAGAUGAGACAGUGUCCUAUCAGACCACAAUGGAUUAGAAUCGUACUCCAAAGAGGAGAGUGUUCAGCUCCAGUCAGAUACCUAACUGCUUUCAUUCAAGCUGUUCAUAGUACAGAAAAUCCCUGUACAUAGUGAUUGCCCCUAUCAGUAGCUUGAUCUGAGGAGCCGACUGAAGUUGCAGUGUGACCCAGGCUAAUCUGACUUUCAGCAAAACCUCCACUCUCAAGUUUGUUUGUUUUUUUGCCUCUUUGAUAAGCGUCGUCAAAGAGAACAAUGCCCACGUUUAUAGUGCAAUAGAAACACAUGCGAUCCUAAUGAAUGAUGUCAGUGGUGGGUAUUACGUUGCUGGGGCCUCAAAAUACAGUGGACAAAUUAGAGUUUAUAUGCUGAUAUUACAAGUGUCACGUACAUCUUUGCUCUUCAUUAUUGCAGGCAAAAUGUUUUUUUUUUCUUUAUUUAUCAAAACACGUUCAUUUUCUUUGGUUGGUUUACUUGGGUAUUGAGGUUAUUCACUUUAUGAUGCUCACAUCUUCCCUAAAACAUUUACUGUAACCAGGAGAGCGAAUGUUUACGUUGUUCAAUAAGGCUUUGGUUGAACAGAGAUGAAUGAAAAGUUACAGAUGGCACUGCUCUGUUUUAAACUGUUUGGUCUCUGUGUUAGUUCACAUUUUCCUUAAAUAGUUUGGACUACUUUGAUUUUCCUUAUCACCCCUGUUGUUACACCAACAGAUGUCGUUGACACUAAUGACAGUCUCUUUUUCUCUGUUCUGUGAUUGUUGCACAGAUCUUUCUGUUUUAGUUUGCAGAUUUCCUUAUCUAUAUGAAAUAAAGGAGGAUUGUAUGAAAGUA